AUGGCAUUUGAAGUAGGUAACAUCGUUUUUGCUAAAUUAAAAGGAUUCCCUUGGUGGCCUGGGUUGGUUGAAAAAGAAGAUGAGCUGCCAGAAAAUAUUCUUAAACAGAGACCUGAUGGUCAAGAUUACAUAUGUGUAAAAUUUUUUGGUUCAACAAAUUACGGUUGGAUCAUUGAAAAGAAUCUUAAACCAUUCACAAAAAAAGAAGCAAAUGACAAAUUAAAACAAACCAAAAAGAAAAGUAGUUUGGUUGGAGCUAUAAAUCAAGCAUUGGAAUAUUUGCCAAAAAUGAAUGAAGAAGAUGGGACUAGUGUUAACAUUGCUGGUAGUAGUAAUGGUAUAACAAAAAGAAAAGAUGAUAUUAAGAUAAAGGGGAAGAAGGGAAAGGAGAAAGUGAAGGAAAUGACAAAUCAAUCAGUUCAAAAUAAUAUUGUAAUAAAUAAUCAUAAUGAUGGUGGUAGUGGAGAUGGUAGAACUACCAGGAAAAGAACAAGAAAUAAUGAUAAUGAUAAUCAA